UGAAUAUAGACAGAACUUUGUAGAGAAAAAGUUAUUCUCUCCAUCGUAGAUGUCAUAAAUUAUUUCAAUUCAAUCAUCAGUUUACACUAUUUCUACCCAGAAGUUGCCUUUUUACCUGCAGCAUUUAACAUCAGAAAUUUAAUAUCCUCCCCAAUUUAAACUGGGUUUCUAUCUGGAGUACAUCUUGAAAAACUUUCUGAACUUCCAACCAGAAAGGACUUAAUCAUGUAAUAGGCAGACUCACGAUGAUUAGAGUUUGAAACUCUCUUGUGCACUUUUUUAAACAUACCAUCUGUUGCAGCCAUUACAUACAGUUUGUUUGUUUUUUGUAAUGUUCUUUUUGAACACUGGGUGGUGUAUGGCUUAUAGCUCAGAUGGACAGGUGGAGGUGAGCACAAAGUUUUGUCCGAAAUUGUGGUAAAUAAUGCCGCUGAGUGAUUGUUGUUGUGUUUACUCCAUAAAGACAAAUUACAAGCUCCUGCUGUGUGGCCAUACUCACACUGUUGUUUGUUCUGUUUUGGUGUUGUUUAAAUAAUCUUGAAAGCUAUAAAAAUUGUCUGUAUGGAGUAUAUGCAUCAUCCACUCAGUGGCUUUGAGUAGCAGUAGUCACUGCACCACCCUGACUUCCUGGACACACGUUUAAAAGUCCUCUCUGUGUGUUUGUUUCUUUGCCAAAUCAUCAAGUUCUGAGGCGUAAUCCAUCGGACAGCCUUUAAUUACAACUGAUGCAAAAAGUCCUGGUCAAUACUUUCCGACAGGCUGUGCUAAAUACAGGAAUCAAUAAGCUGCUGAAUGUGUGAGAGAGAGUGGGGCAAAAAGAGGAGGAGGAGUCGGUUUCCCCCUGUGAUGAUGGUCAGGACAGAAACUGAAAUCCAGAGGACAUUUAGUGCUGCUGAUGCUGAGAUUUGACAUUUCAGGUGUUAAUAACUGAGCUCAGUGGAAAUGCAGGUCCUCUAAAGGCUUUUGGUUCAUUUUUAACAAUCGAAAUCCGACCUCUGACCUCUGACCUCUGAGGCUGAACGAUGAGUAAUGUUGAGAUACCAGCUGGUUUAAAAGAGCUCUUACAGGGAUACACUGUGGAGGUGCUUCGCCGCAGGCCGCCAAACUUGGUUGAAUUUGCGGUGCAGCAUUUCACACAAGUUCUGGAGAAUCAAAGGAACGACCAGCGGGCCAAGAAACACAGCACCAAAUCAGCGAGGAAGGGGGUCACCUUUGAAACAAAAAAAGACGAUGAAGAAGAAGAGGAGGAGGAAGACAUUGUUAAGUCCACCACCGGUAAAUACAACCGCAGAGUUUCAGUCUGUGCAGAGGCGUACAAUCCUGAUGACGAUGAAGACGAUGACACAGAGCCCCGGGUCGUGCAUCCCAAAACAGACGAGCAGCGGCGAAGGCUUCAGGACGCCUGCAGAGACAUUUUACUGUUUAAAACACUGGAGCAGGAGCAAUUCUCUGAGGUUUUAGACGCCAUGUUCGAGGUGUUGGUCAAACCUCAGGAGCACAUCAUAGACCAAGGAGACGACGGGGACAAUUUCUACGUCAUAGAGAAGGGUGUUUAUGAUAUUUUUGUGCAGAAGGACGGAGCGAGGAUUUGUGUCGGAAAGUAUGACAACAAGGGGAGUUUUGGUGAGCUGGCUCUUAUGUACAACACGCCGCGAGCUGCCACAAUCGUUGCAACGCAGGAAGGCGCCCUGUGGGGCCUGGUAAGUCCCAACAAAGGACACAAAACAAAAAGUGGAACUGAACAAGAUUAGACACAAAACAAAUCUUUCCUUGGUUGGUGCUCUUUUUAGGAUCGAGCCACAUUUCACAGACUGAUUGUGAAAAACAAUGCAAAGAAAAGGAGGAUGUACGAGGCCUUCAUUGAGUGCGUCCCUCUUCUGAAGUCUCUAGAGCUUUCUGAACGAAUGAAGAUUGUUGAUGUUUUGGGAGCUCGAGUGUUCAAAGAUGGAGAGCGCAUAAUAACACAGGGGGAGAAGGCCGACUGUUUCUACAUCGUGGAAUCAGGGGAGGUGAAGAUAAUGAUAAAAAGCAAAACGAAGGCGGGCCAGCAGGAUAACCCAGAGGUUGAGGUGGCUCGUUGCUCUAGGGGGCAGUAUUUUGGGGAACUGGCACUGGUCACCAACAAACCUCGAGCAGCAUCUGUUUAUGCUGUGGGAGAAACCAAAUGCUUAGUAAUCGACAUCCAGGCUUUCGAGCGUCUGCUGGGCCCCUGCAUGGACAUCAUGAAGAGGAACAUCUCCCAGUAUGAAGACCAGCUGGUGGCACUGUUCGGCUCCAGUGUAGACCUGAAACACUAGAAAAAUUGUCAGCAUUUCAGUCAAACAUUGUAGCAUUGCAUGUUAACAUGUGAUUGUCUUCCCCUCAACAUAAGUGUAACAUAAAGCCCUCUGUCUUAUAUGCAGUAAAAUGCUGCUGCUACAAGAUAAAUAUGUUUAAGCUGCGAGUAGAACAACAGGUGGAGCUUCAGUUAAUCCACUGACAGUCCAGUUUAAUGGAGGGAUUUCUCUCUGAGGAUGUAAAACCCAUUCUCUACUAUCCCACCUUCAAACUCUUCACUGAUUUAUUGCAAGAAAUGUUGUAACUUUUUGUGAACAGCUUCUUCUGUACAGCUCCGGGUUGAACAUUUCAUGUGUUGUUCCUGUUUGAUGUAGGUGUGACGGGACAUUUUGGCAUGUUGCAAAAGGAAAAGCAGAGUUGUAAAUGAUAAAACUAAUGAUGGGUGGAUGUUACUGAUAACGCCUGUGCUUUUACUCUGACAACAAGUUAAAUUUUCUGGUAAAGGCCUGUCACUGAGUGGAAAAUCUACAUUAGUUUUUUAACUCAAGUCUUUGUUUCUAAAGUUUGCUAAAAUGUUAAAAUUACAUCUUAUAUCAAGCUUUCAUAAGAACAAAAUACUGAGAAGCCACAUUGUAAAUGAACAGCCAGACUUAAAUGUUUUACAAGCGUUAUGUAACUGUGACACAGUUCCACUGCCAUUCCAGUUCCACAUUGUAUAAUCCUGAAUUAUGGAAAAGGUUUUUGCACAUACAUGCACAUUAUGUUAAUUUGCUGUUAGACAGUCAAUCUCUGCCUAUUAUACAAGGUGCUGUGCCAUUUUCAAUUUGUACUCAGCAAAGCAAGAAUUCAGCAACUGUUAACAACCUCUUCUGCUGUUUACUUAAACCUUUGUUGUAUGGAAGGAACACUCAGUUGCCAGUUUAUUAGGAACACCUAGCUAAAACGAAUGCAGUCUAAAACAACAGCCCUACGUUUAUGAAGGUUAAAAUGUUCUGUUUUUGUUUUAGAGAAGAGUUGAUUCAACUGGAAGAAGUCGUCUGUGGUGCUGUUGGACUAUAUUGUAUUUCUGUUAUUCUGUCCACACUUCUUAUAUCAGAGGGUAGACUAAAUAACAGAAAUACCUCUGUAUCACUCAAUACAGUUCAACAGCACCACAGAUAACCUUAUACAGUUGACUCAACACC